GAGGAAGCCACUUCUUUUUCGACCAAGGUAUGCAUCAUGAAGAGGUUUAUCUUUUUAUUCUUUUGAGGUUUUAUUUUGAGGAAUUUCAUCAGAAUCCACUCAAUCUGAGCUGAGAACUUCAGGGAAAAUAACAGCCAGAAAGAAUGCUAAGGUUCACUGUGGCUCUUUGCCUUCUGGCACUGUCCUGGGCACAGGAUUGCAAGAUUGAGAAUUUCCAAGUCAAGCAGGACUUUGACAAAACCAGGUAUGCAGGGACCUGGUAUGCUGUAGGAAAGAAGGACCCAGAGGGUUUGUUCUUACUUGACAACGUCGUCGCCCAGUUUACCAUUGGAGAAGAUGGCACAAUGACCGCUACUGCUAAGGGUAGAGUCAUCAUCUUGAACAACUGGGAAAUGUGUGCCCACAUGUUUGCUACCUUUGAGGAAUCUCCUGACCCUGCCAAGUUUAGGAUGAAGUACUGGGGAGCUGCUUCUUACCUGCAGACAGGGAAUGACGAACACUGGGUUAUCGACACCGACUACGAUAACUAUGCCAUCCACUACUCGUGCAGACUGCUCGACGCAGACGGUACGUGCUUGGACAGCUACUCCUUCGUCUUCUCACGUCACCCAACUGGCCUGAGGCCAGAGGAUCAGGCCAUCAUCACGCAGAAGAAGAUGGACAUCUGUCUUUUAGGCAAAUACAGACGUGUAGCACACACCGGUUUCUGUGAGAACAGUGGAAAUGCAGAGCCACCUCAGUGACACAUUUCUUGAUGCUUCCAUUUUCCUUUCUGCUGGUUUCAGAUUGAAUCCCAUCUGUUCUUCAACCUUUCCUCACAAUCUCUCACAGGAAAGGGUUUACUCUCUUUUUUAUAAAUUAAAACACACAAACUCCAAGCUUUCACAUUUACUGUCAGCUUUCCUUUCCCUGAAUUUCAGGGAAAAUCUUGAACAUCUGUUGCCUUAUUUUUAAACAUAUUUGAACAGCUAUUUGUUUGAUCACUGAAGUUAUAAUCACUUGAGAAAUCCUCCGAUGAUCCAAGCGUCUAAGAAUUCUAACAACUUUAUAGAAAAGGCUUUUUUUUUGUUUUACAGAAGAACAUUCAAACAAAGCACAAUUGUAUAUUAUUAAACUGUAAUAUCAAAUAGGUGUUAAAUGUGUUUAGUAUUGGCUCCGUCUGUUAACCUUGACUGAUGUGUACUAGAUCCUGUAUUUAAAAUAAAACAUUCAAACAUUUG